AUGGCCUUGAAUUUCUUCUCCGCUUCUCUUCACCCAAUCUCGAAUCCUUCUUCUUCCUCCUCGUCUCGAUCCAAACAGAGACACCCUCUUCUCCAACUCUCUCUUCCUCAAGCAACAACACGUGUCCGUUCAGAGCGAAGCGAAAGCGGCGUCACCGAAAACGACGAUCCUUCUUCCUCUUAUUUCUCCGGUCCUUCUUCUUCGUCAUCAUCAGCACGCACACAGCUAGAUUUCCUCGACCAGCUAACUUCCACAAGCGAUGGGUACUUAAGUGAUGAUGGUGGUGGGUCGAGAGGAGGAUUCACAAUCCGUGAGCAAUUAGCUGGGCUUGUUGGUAACAGAGACGACGAUUUCAUGAUUCCUCUAGGCAAAAACUUGAAGAAAGUGAGUCCUAAAUUCUUGACAACUUCUCAGAAAAGGAACAUAAAGAGGCAAAGCUAUCUUAACGAAGUCUCUCAGAGGAACGACUCUGUUUUCUUCGCCACUAUCGGCGCCUUUGUUCUCCUCCCUCCUUUGUUCAUCUUAGGCAUCGCUAUUUUAACUGGCUAUGUUCAACUCUUCCCAUAA